UCCGCACGGCACCGGCCCGGCGGGAGGGCAGCGGCGGCAGCGCGGGACCCCGCCGGGCGCCCGGCCGUGGGGAGCACCGGGGACACACCAGCAUCGGCACCCCCGGGGGCAGCCGGUCUUGCUGAGCCCCGAGCAGUGCCGCAGCCCCGGCUCGGUGUGCCCCGGACGGUGGGGGACAGAGCGGUGCUUGGCGUAAGUGCACCCCGACCCGUCCUCACCCCUCGUCCUCACCGGCCACAGGGGCAGCAUGAGCACGGCCAAGCCGAAGCGCAUCAAGUUCUCCGAGGAGGAGAAAUUCCUCAUCCUGGAGGAGUUCAGCCUCCGCAAGGACAUCUUGAUCCCCAAGAGCGGCCGGUACAAGCACACGCUGGCCCGACAGCGUGCCUGGGAGGAGAUCGCAGCCGCCGUCAACUCCCUCAGCCCCCUGGUCCAGCGCACGCCCGACGAGAUUCGCAAGAAGUGGCACAACAUGGUCAUCAACGCCCGCAGGGAGCUGGCCGUGGAUAAGCACCCGCUGCUCCGCCAGCGGCCCCAGGAGAAGCUCUUCCAGAACAUCUUCGCCCUCUUCAACAAGCCUAGCCCGGGGCUGCCGGACCCGCUGCUCUCGGCCUCAGCCUUCAGAGCGAGAGCAGCCAGCAGCCCCCCCAGGAUGGAGGUCACCCCGGACUUGCUCCUGCAUGGCCAGAGCAGUGCUGCUGCUCCAGGCCGUGGGCUGCUCUGCCCCAUGGGGACCCCACCGGCCCCUGGCCCCAUACUGGAGAACUUCCUCAGCGCAGCCGGCAGGGAGCCCAAUUCCAAGGAGAGCUUGCUCCUAGCAGGACCUCAGGACAGCGUGGAAAAGAGACUGCCACCACCCAGCGCAGCCCCCGCAGUCCCCUGCCCACCUGCAGCAGAGGUGCUCCCGGCAGCGGCUCCCCAUCCUGCCUCGUCACAGGGCCAGGGUGCAGCGGGGAUGGCCCCCGUGCUGCCAGCCAGCUCCCCCGAGCCCCCCGCGCCCUUCUGCAUCAAGUGCCCGCCAAGCCCGGCGCUGGCGUGGCCGUUCCUCAGCACAACAGCGAGCCCGGCGAUGCAGAGCAGGGGGAUGGGCAGCCCCGGCCCCCCGGCCCCGGAUGAGAACGGCAGCCCAUCAGCGCCGGAGGGAUCCCAGCCCGGCCUGCGGGGCUGCAUCGGCAUGGCCGGGGAGCGGUGGGAGAAGCAGAGCCAGCUGCAGACGGAGAUCCUGGAGCUGCAGAAGGAGACCCUGCAGCUGCAGAAGGAGAAGAUCCUGCUGGAGAAGGAGAAGCUCCUCCUGGAAAUCGUCAAACUCCGCAGGGAGCUGGGCACCUGA